GUUAUUUGUUAGCAGCUUCUUAACGGGAACGACUGAUACAUAGCCGAGAUAAACACACACCUCUGCAGAUAAAUACAGAGAAAAUGGGGAAGAAACACAAGAAACAUAAGCCGGAGUGGAGAACAGUCGAUGAUUACGAGGACAAGGCUCUUGAGAAACCACUGAAGCUUGUGCUCAAAGUUGGAGGGAGUGAAGUGACAGAACUAUCUGGUUCGGGCCAUGACUCCAGCUACUAUGAUGACAGAUCAGACCAUGAGCGAGAACGCCACAAAGAGAAGAAAAAGAAGAAGAAGAAAAAGUCUGAAAAGGAUAAAGACAAAUAUGUGGAUGAUGAGGAGAGAAGACGGCGAAAGGAGGAAAAGAGAAAGAAGAGGGAGCGAGAGCAGAAUGAAUCGGAAGCAGCAGCAGCUACUACUGCUGCUAGUAGCGGUGUGCCUGUGGAACCUUUCACAUUGCCAAAAACUAUAAGUAUCGGAGUAGAGCCCGAAGAGAAGAAAAAGAAGAAAGAGAGGUUUGAGAUAGAGCCUGAAGAGGAGUUUCACCCCGCUGUGAAGGUGGACAUAGAGCAGCAAGGGGAUAGGCCAGUUCGAGCAUGCCGGACACAACAAGAGAAUGAAUCCACUCCUCGCCAACAAUUGCUGGAACACUUCUUGCGCCAAUUGCAGAGGAAAGACCCCCAUGGAUUCUUCUCAUUUCCAGUAACAGAUGCAAUCGCUCCUGGUUACUCAAUGAUCAUCAAACAUCCUAUGGACUUUAGUACCAUGAAAGAUAAGAUUGGAGACAAUGAAUACAACACAGUUACUGAAUUUAAGGCAGAUUUUAAAUUGAUGUGUGACAAUGCCAUGGUGUACAACCGACCAGAGACGGUAUAUUACAAGGCUGCCAAGAAACUGCUCCAUACAGGGUUCAAGAUGAUGAGCAAGGAGCGUCUUUUGGCUCUGAAGCGCAGCAUGUCUUUCAUGCAGGAUAUGGAUUUCACCCAGCAGGCAGCCAUUUUGGGAGAUGAAGACCUUGCAGCUGAUAUACCUCCUCCAGAGAUCAUACCUAUCCCAGUGGAAUCGGCAAAGAAGUCGAAGAAACAACCAGUCAAAGACAUGAAGGAAGUCAUCAGUUACCUGUUUGAGCCAGAGGGAAACGCUUGCAGCUUGACUGACACUACAGCAGAGGAGCAUGUUCUGGCUCUGGUUGAACAUUCUGCUGAUGAAGCGCGGGAUCGGAUCAACAGAUACAUGCCAAACUCCAAGAUGGGAUACUUGCGUAAAGAGUCAGACAAUCUUCUAUAUACUGUUGUGAAUCAACUUGAUCCUGAUGCAGACGAAGAGGAGACCCAUAAAGUGGACCUGAGUUCUCUGUCAAAUAAACUUCUGCCUGGAUUAACAACCUUGGGUUUCAAAGAUGACAGGAGACACAAGGUGACAUUCCUGAGCAGUGCCUACAACAUUCAGAGCCUUCAGAAGAACUCCGUCUUUCCAGACCUGCUAUCUGAUGAGAUGGACAUGCUCUAUUCAGCCUACGGAGAUGACACAGGGGUACAGUGUGCUCUGAGCAUACAGGAGUUUGUCAAGGGUUGUGGAAGUGUCACCAAGCGCUGGGUCGAUGGGCUUCUGGACAAGAUGACCGCAGGUGAUCACACCAAAGCUGUCAAUCAAGUUAGACAGAAAAGAAAUAUGAUGCUGAAACCAGAUGAAAACAAGAGUAACAUCUGUGACAUACAAGUUGCAGAUGGCACUGGCCUGGGAGAGAGCAGUUCAGUGCUAGACUUCAUGUCAAUGAAGAACUAUCCUGAUAUGUCUCUGGAUAUAUCCAUGCUGAACUCAUUAGGUAAAACAGUGAAGAAAGAGCCCGGGAACGACGAGAGCCAGCAACAGUUUGAUGAUGCAGACAAACUACUGCAGGAGUUUCAAGAGGCUCAGGUCGACAGAGUCGGCUCCAGACCUUCGUCCAACCUGUCGUCCCUAUCCAACGCCUCAGAGAGGGAUCAGCAUCACUUAGGGAGCCCAUCACAGCUGGGUGUUGGAGACCAGUCUGAAAUGGUUCAUGAUCCCUACGAGUUCCUGCAAUCUCCAGAGUCAGAGAACACAGCCAACAGCUGACCACACACACUGCUGUUUUGUCAUCUUGGUGUUAACAGCACUGGGUACUGUUGGACUUUUCAAACACCAUGGAGACACCAGCCAUUUCUGACCUGUUUUACAAACGAAAUAUGAUUGUACAGCCUGUUUUUAGUUUAAUUGUAUUGUUUUGUAUGAGUGCAACACUUGAAAAAUAAAUGCUUGCACCUGUA